CAAAACGAAACGCUCCCGCAAAAGCAAAACCCAGAACCCUAGCCUCCCUCCCUCCCUCCCUUCGCGCUCCCAUGGCCAUGGCCACGGACUCGGCGGCCGCCUCCAGCCCCCGCGGCGCGUCGAGGAAGCGCCCGCGGAGCCAGUCGCCGCCCCCCGCAGGAGAGGGCCCGAGCGAGCCCGCGCUCGCCCGGCCCCGCUUCGCGGAAAACCUCGACCUCGUCCUCUCCCUCCAGGGCAAGGAGCUCUCCCUCCAAAGAAAGGUUGAACUGGCAUUCAAUUUUAUAAAGGCCGAGUCAAAUCGUUCAACCCAUGGCCAUAGAGCGGACAAUAUCCAGCUAUUGCGAAUGGUUUCAUUUAUUGGAAACUGGGUGCAAUCUAUCCUACUUCCGUCUAAGAAAGUUCCAGAGCCUUUUGAUCCUGUUUUAGAUUAUAGAUGCUGGGAAAUUCUGAGAUUUUGCAUUGAAAAGAAGCCGUCAGUCUCAAUUUCUCUGAAGCUACUUCAACCACUUGGUUGCAUUGCAAAGGAUGGUUUGAGCAGAGUUCAAAUCGGCGCUCCAUGUGAUGACCAUGAAUCCUUUUUGCUCUUUGAACGAGUUUUCGACUGCGUGUCCUUUCUUUUCUCCUCCAAUACAAGAGCUUUCUUCAACGCACCCGUGGAUUUGUGGAUCUCUUGUGUCACCGAGGCUAUUAAUCUUGUCCAGAAGGUUUCAACUAAUGAGAAAAAGGGUUGUACCAUUCUUCAGAAUCUUGGAAAUUGUCUGCUUGAGCAAUUUUCAAGCUUUCUCAGAUUCCAUGCAAAUCCUAAGAAUAUUUUCCGUCCUUUUGUUGACAAGAUUCUUGAUCCACUGUUGGAAUUGUUGGUUUUACUUAAUUCACAAGCAAAUUCUAUCAAGCACAAGCACGCAGGAUCCACGUUGAAGAUUGCUGAAGAAAUUUUGUCAAAUGGACUGUUUCAUCCACAACAUCUUAGUGGAUAUUUUGGGCUCAAGAAUUUGAAUAAAGGUAUUGUCAAGGAUGUCAAAGGAAGCUACCAUAGGCAUCUGUUUGAGCGAUUCAAGGGAAUAAAAGCAGAAAGCAAGGCUGUAUUGCUUGCUGGGUUCGGUUACUUGCUUCAAUUGUUUGUUACCAGGGCUAGAAAUCAAAGAACAUCUUUAGCACCAAGGGGUACAUCCUUCAAAAGCCCACAAAAAACCAGUGAGGGUUCUGAAGAACCCCAGCAACAAGGAGAAUCCAUUUUUGAAGUGUUCAUGCAAUUUAUGGAACCUUUGGUGUUAGAAUGCAAAUCAUAUUCGCAAAAGGACUUCUCUGAUUUAGGAGUCACAAAGCUAGUAGAAGUUCAUUGCAUGCUGAAGUCCAUCAAUGAGAUGCUAGCAACAGUUACUGAAGAGAAAAUUUAUGUCCCUACAGAGGACACAUCGGAAGGAUCUUAUCUCCAGUUCUUGCAAGAAAUUUACAGGGUCUUAAUCUUGAUGGCUGAAAAAAUGUACGACUUCUGGGUGUCAGCUCUGCAUUUAGAAGAUACAAACGUUAAGAAGAUGCUGCCUUUAAUGUUUGUGGAGAUUGUUGUUGCAGUUGGUCAUUUUCUAGAAAUUGAAUACAAGGUCAUGGGGAGUGACCUUGUAAAAUUAUGGUCAAUGAUUUUUGCUUUGUCUGCUAUCAAUGCAUCUUCCAAGGACAUCAAACCAUGCUUACUACUAACCUCAAAGAUUUCAAGCCUUUCGUCCCAAGUGAUUCGUACAUUUAGUGAGCUUCGUCAGGUUGCGCACUCCAUUUGUACGCUGUGCAAUACUGUGAGAACAUUCAGAGCUGUUGCUGGUCCUGAUGCAGUACCAGGACCGUUUUCUGUGGCUUCUUUAUCCUCACAUAAAUGUUUUGAAUCACUGGCAACAUUGCUGAGCUCCCAAACAUUGAGGGAUGCUAUCUGUACUUCAAUUAACUCAAUGCCAGAAGGACAGUCUAGUCGAUGCAUAGAGGAGCUGACAGUAGAUCUUACAGAAACAUUGAAAUGGAUGAAAAGUUGCGACGAGUUUGUAGAUUUGGAAACACAGGGAGAGCCCCGCUUGAUGUCCAGGAAGUCAGUUUUUCAUCAGAGAGCUGAACUUUUUGGAAGGUACUUAUCUGAACUAUACACAAGCGUGCUUGACUCAAUAACUGUGACCGCUUCAAAUACUACACUGGUUGCAAAAUCUGUUGAAAGGUUGGUCAACACAAUACGUCCCAACUUGAGUCAGUUGAUGAGAAAUGAAUCAAUUAAUCCAAGUAAGUUCAUUUCUUCAGUUGUAGGAAAGAACCUAUCUAACAAGCAAUGUGCCAACUGGCAAAAGAUUCCAAGUUUGUCUUGGUUUUUUGCCUUCUUCUUUCGCAUAUAUACAUCAUGUAGGAGUCUGUAUCUGCAAUCUGUUGGCCUCAUGCCUCCAAAUUUAGCAAUAGAAGCAACAGAAUUAGUGGGGAAUUCAUUCAUUGUAUGCUGCGGAAAGGAAUGGACCAAUACAUCCAAUAUUAUCGCUGAAGGCUACUUUGCUUGGAUUGUUGAAAGUGCUGGCUCCCUUUGGGAAGUCAUCGAAAUUUUAUCACAGUCCCUUCCAAGAAACCAUUCUGGUUUUACUACGCUUUUUUACACCCUUCAUGUGAUGGCUCUGCAAAGACUCGAAGAUCUUAACAGGCAGAUUAAUGCAUUUGACUUUUUGCUUGAAGACGGCACACAGCAGUUUGAUACUGAGGAUAGGGGAAAAACUGAGUUAUUAAAGGAUCCUUGCUGUCUUGAGGCUGCUCGACUAACCGGUUUUAUGAUGAACUAUGUGAGAACAUUAUCUUCAGGAGGAACUGACAGGACUUCUUCCUGGGAUAUGAGUAUAUGCUCUUUAGAUGAAGAUUCUUUUCACAUAGCAACUUGGCGGCUUCUGUGUGAAAACAUUGAUAUUUGGAGUUCUCAUGCAUCGAAGAAGGACCUAAAGAACUUCUUUUCGAACCUGAUAAAGUUUUCUUUUGUUCAAAAGAGGUCAUGCAGAGAUGAGGAGAGUAGUGACUGUCAGGAUUCAUGCAGAGAAAUAACCUUGCAUACUAUUUCGGUGGAGCUUCUUUGUGAUACUAUCAUUUAUGACCAAAAGGUGCUAUUAAAGAAUUUGGUAUCAUGUUUUUGCGGUGCUCUCAAGAAAUCAACAUCUUCUUUUAUCACCAGAGCUGAUGAAGAUAAUGCCUUAUUGAACAUCUCGCCUGAUUUGAUGGAGAUAUUAAAUAAACUGAAUAAUGAGAAGUUGGUCCAUACAUAUCCUGAUUCUACACAUGCACACGGUGUAGAUAAAUACCGGAUCUGUGAGAAUUUACUAAAUUUUUGUAGCACAGUUCCCGGAUUUCAUUCCAACUCCAAGUCAUUCUUGCAACUUAUAACUUACAUUCUCCAUCUUGAAAGACUUCUGCUGUUGACAUUGCUAAGUCGCCAUUAUGAAUCAUGUAAUCCAAUUGAGCUAAUCCGUCUGUUUAUAUGUUGUCGAAGGGCAAUGCAAAAUCUUGUUUUGAAAUUUGGCAAAGAGUACCCAGAUUCAAAGCAAUACUCCACGUCUUCUGAACUUCUAGGUAACUCAUAUUCUCUGAUUUGGCUUUUGAGAUCUGUCCAGGAGAUUAUUGGAUUGUCACACGAAAUAUUUGGUGAGCACACUGAUCAGAAGAAAAAUACCUUGUUCUCCUUGGUAGACAAGACAUCAGAAAUAUUUUCUACACUAGCGAACAUGAAUUCGAAAUUUUGCUUGCUGGGUCCCAAGAAACAAAUUGGAUCUUCCCUGAAGCAUACUGCUAGUGAAAGUGACACUUCUGAACAUGAUGGUCAGGCAUUUGAUACUCUAGAAAAUUUAGCUUUGGAGCAUGUCAAAACUAUGGCUGAACAGUUAGAGAAGACUACAGCUGGCAUACCUGUAACCACAAAGGAUUGCAAGUGUGUUAUAAAAAUAGAGAACUCUUAUGACAAUGUGUGCUGGGAUAAACUAUUAUGCACCAUGUCUUGCAUAGGUGGAUUCUUGUGGGGUCUUGUUUCAGCAUUUGAAAGCACAAUCAAAGACUAUCCAACUGCAAGCUCAGAGGAAAGAAAACUGAUGCUUCACUAUGCCUCCAAUUUCAGCAGAUCUAUUGCUAAAUUUGAGACCUUUGUAGAUAUCUGUCUGCAUGUCUUGUUUAUGGAGAACAAGGAUUUUGGGUCUGUUGAUUUGAUCUCUUGUCGUCUACCACAAGAGCUGCUUUGUGAGAAUGGUUUUCUGAAUAUUGAAGUAGUCAUGGAUGUUUGGACUAUGCAUCAGCUAAAGGAUAACAAAUUACAGUCAGAUGGUCCACCCGGUAUGAAAAGAUCUCUUUUGGAAAAUCUGUUAAAUGGUGAAGGUCCAUUUGUAGCAUUUACUUUGAGAGAGCUCUACAGUGUAUCUGCUGCUAUUGUUAAGUUGAAGGGCCUCAUAUCCUUUUCAGGCGAUGUCUGUAGGAAGGCAUGCAAUCCUUUCCAACACCUGUCGCUAAAUCCAAUGGUUGGGACAGCUUGCAUUGCCCUACAGAAAAUUGCAGACAUGUCUGAUUGGCCAGAUAUGUUUUCUCUUGUAUGGAUUGAUGGAAUAUUAAGAUAUCUUGAAGUUUUAGGAACAUUUCCUGAACUCAAGUUGUCAAAAGAACUGUAUGCUCAGAUAGUAAAUGCACAUGUGAGUGCUAUUGGAAAAUGCAUUUUACUUCAAGGAAAGAGUGCGACUCUACCUACCCAUGAGAUUGGAUCAAGCACAAAAACACUUCAGUUGCAGAAUACGUCUGGCUAUGUAGUUACAAAGAAUAUUAUCGAUAGGCAGAAUAGGUUAAAUUCAUUGAUAUCAAGACUUAGACUGUCGAUGAGAAAUUUUGUUAGUGUUGCAUCAAACAUGCAUCUAAGUGCAACUUUACAAGUCAUUGAGAGAGCCUUGGUCGGAGUGAAUCAAUAUAGCCACUCAAUAUAUGAAGUGGAGACUGGAACAUCUGAUGGUGGGACAGUUUCUUCUGACGUUGCUGCUGGAAUUGACUGCCUUUAUCUUGUUCUUGGAUCUGUGCCAGGAAAUAAGCGUGUUUUUCAGAGAACUGUCCCAAGCCUAGUUGGUGCUUUAUUCAACAUUGUUUUACACCUUCAAAGUCCACUCAUUUUCUAUAUAGAGAAGCUACCUCCUCUUUGCCCUGAUUUGCAUCCAGAUGCUGGAGCGAUUGUUCUAAUGUGUGUUGAGGUUAUCACAUCAUUUGUGGGGAGGCAUACUUUUCAAAUCGAUGCGUGCCAUGUGUCCCAGUGCCUGCAUCUUCCUGUGAUGCUUUUCAAGGGCUUCAAACAUCUUCUUGCUGAUCGGAGUGUAUCCUGUUCAUCAGAAAACAUUCGUGAACAAAUUGCAGGACAACCUCUAGCUAGUAAAGAAUACUUACUUGACAGGCAAUUUUCUGUUGACAUGUAUGCUGCAUGUUGCAAAUUGUUAUGCACUGUUCUUCGGCACCAACAAAGUGAGGUUGGACAAUGUGUGGCUGUCCUGGAAGACUCAGUACACAUACUACUUAGUUGCUUGGAGUCUGCAGAUUCCAAGAUGGUUAGCAUGGCAGGAUGUUUCACUUGGAACAAGGAGGAGGCACUAAAAUGUGCUUCCUUUUUCAGAAGGAUUUAUGAAGAGAUGCGUCAGCAAAAAACCAUCAUGGAACAUCACUCGAUGCACUUUCUUGCUGGUUAUAUUUCCAUGUUUUCUGGACUGGGUCCAUUUCAGACAGGCAUAACGCGGGAAAUUGACGAGGCCUUGCGACCUGGGGUGUAUUCUCUAAUUGAUAUCUGCCAGGAAAGCGAUUUUCAACAGCUUCACACAUACCUUGGUGAGGGCCCAUGCCGAACCACUCUUGCUAACCUAGUGCAUGACUAUAAAUUGCACUUCCAGUAUCAGGGCAAAAUCUAGUCCCAAGUUGCUUAAGAAUUUUGGAAUACUUGGUUAUUUGUCCCGCUUAAGCUGGAUAUGAAAUCUACGUUGUCACCUUUUGCAUGAUGUUGGGUUCCUGGAGUUCGAUGGAUAUGCAUCAAACUUUGGGGAGGAACCAAGGGAACUUUGGUUAGUGCAUUAUUAAACCAGCCUGCUGGUAUGUGUGGCAGAUGAAGAGAAACCAAAUCGUUUGCUGUAAUUCGCAGUAAUCUCGAGCAGAUGUUGGCGUUCAUAUUUUGGGGCAAUACAUAACACGCUCGUACUAGACUAAACGAGUAGGAGUAUAUUAUUCAGGCCAUACUCUGUGUCACUAACUCACUAUGAUUGAUGUUUCUUUUCACUUACGUUUCUAUAAGUGUAAAAAAGUUGAAGGGGCACCCGAUUAAUCUAUUGUUGAAAAAUUCUGAAAAGAAAAACUCUCAGGCGCA